GCGGCGCCGGGGCCGCUCGCUGCCUCAGCGCCGGGGGCGGGCGGCGCGGCUCGGCUCGGCGGGCUGCGGGGUGAUGGAGCCGCGGGCCCUCGCCCCGCCACGCAGCGCCCGCUGAGGCCCGGCCGCCGCCACCGGCAGCGUCCCCGGGGAAAUGGCCACCGAGCCCCCGCGGCCGGCGGAGGAGGCCGAGGCCCAGCCGCCGCUCGGCGCCGCCCCGGGCCCGGCGGCGGCGGCUGUGGAGGGCGGCGGGCGGCGGCGGGGGCUGAACGGCUGCGUGCCGCUGUCGCACCAGGUGGCCGGGCACAUGUACGGCAAGGAUAAAGGCGGUAUACUGCAGCAUCCAGACGGGACUGUCCUGAAGCAGCUGCAGCCACCACCUCGAGGUCCCAGGGAGCAGGAGUUCUACAACAAGGUUUAUGACUCUGACUGUUGCGACAGCAUUCUUCUGGAGCUGCGGGAGUAUCUGCCAAAAUACUUCGGUGUCUGGUCACCACCUACUGCACCAAAUGAGAUGUAUCUAAAACUGGAAGAUGUGACCCGUAAGUUUAAUAAGCCUUGCAUAAUGGACGUAAAAAUAGGGCAGAAAAGUUACGAUCCGUAUGCUUCGGCUGAGAAGAUACAGCAGCAGGUCAGCAAAUACCCACUGAUGGAAGAGAUUGGCUUUUUGGUACUUGGCAUGAGGGUGUACCACGUCUCUUCGGACAGCUACGAGACGCAAAACCAGCACUACGGAAGGGGCUUGACGAAGGAAACAGUAAAGGAUGGCAUUGCAAAGUUUUUCCACAAUGGGUACUGCCUGAGAAAAGACGCGAUUGCUGCCAGCAUUCAGAAGAUUGAAAAAAUUUUGGCGUGGUUUGAGGGCCAGAAGCAACUCAACUUUUAUGCAAGCUCGUUACUGUUUGUUUACGAAGGUUCGUGUCAGGCAACAACCGUGCGGUUGAGCGAUGUCACCUUGGCAGAGAAGAGGGGAGUGCCCAAAGGACUGCUAUCAGGUGGAGACAUACUGGAGUACAAUAACAAUAUUCACCUAAUAAAUUCUACAGAGAAUGGAAAAAUUGAGGCCUCCGUAAGUAAAGGCUUGUCCAAAUUUUAUGCACUUCACAAAAAGGCAUACUCUAAGAGGCACCACAGUCAGCUCUCGCUAAAAGUUGAGAACUUGGAGCAAGACAACGUGUGGAAAAGCAGCACUUGCAUCACCCAGGAGCAUCUGAACGGAAACGUUAUACCCCAACUGGAAAAAGUUUUCUGUCAUAUGCCAGCAGAGAUCAAGGAAAGCGUAAACGUAGAAGUGCGAAUGAUAGAUUUUGCUCACGUGUUUCCUAGCAACGCAAAGGAUGAGGGAUACAUUUAUGGUCUGAAAAAUUUAAUCACAGUACUUCAAAAUAUUUUGGAUAACUAGAUUCUUUGUUAUGGUUUUUACUGGGGGCCAACAAUAACGAAGAGCAACAACGUGAUGAAUUUCUGCACUUGUAAUGCUGUAUAACUGGGUUUGUAUUGUUCUACUCUAUUUUAUUUGUCUUUGUACUUUUGGUAGAAGGGUUUAACUUUUUAUAAUCUCACUCAGGAAAAUAAUUGGUAGUUAAUUGGGGAAUGCGAAAGGGUGAAGAUACUUGAGAUUAUGCAGGAUAGGCAAAUUGGUAGGAUGCGGCGUGUUUGGCUGGCUGAAAUCCAAGGAGUGCAGCUGUACAAUAAGCAGGGGUUGUGUUAGUUCCCGUAACGACUUCAGCUUAGAUAACAUUUGCCCACUUAGCCUUGACACUGAGCCAUAUCUCCAUUAACAGGUUUUUAGCAAACGGACUGAAAACUAUGAAGUACGGGACUGACGUCCUCCGUACUGCCCUCUUGUGUUUACUGUAUUCCAAUAACUGGAGUUAACCCUGCUUUGAGGGAAAUCCCGUUUAGAUUCAGUCAUCUAACCUGGGAACCAGCGUAUCAAAAAGUGCUUCUCGAUGUAUCGGGGCCAUGUCGCUGUUCUUCUAACCCUGCUGUGGGUGCUUGUCCGUAGCCGAUGUUCAUUGCAGGCAAGCUGUGAUGUAAUUUGUGUUGAGGUGCUAAGAAAAUGCUGGACUAAAAUGUGGUAACAGGUUUAAACUGCACAACUGGUAGAGAAACUUUGUUUCUGAGAAAGAGUGAAGAAAAAAACAAAUGAGUGUGAGAUAUUCCAGGAACUAAUUUGGUUUAGGAGAUUAAGUCAAUCUUUUAAUGGAGUGUCUGAUGUUGUGACUAAGGGGAAUGCUUCACUCCUUUGUUCUGAUGGCCCUUCUCCAAAAAACGUUGCUUUUAAAAGCAAACUAACUGAACGGGGAGACAAAGCAUUUUGUGUAAGCAUACUGAGAUUUCCUCAAGCCGUUUGCCACUUUUGCAAGAAGCAUUCCAGGUUCCCACCGCCGGGGAGCACCGCUGGAAGCGAUGAGCGAUGCGGAUGAAGGACCUUGUGCUGUGAAGAUCCAGUCCAGCCCUGGAGCAACCAGACAAACCUCUGUGGAUUUCAAUGGAGUUGUGGUUCUGUUAACCCUGGGCUAAAGCAGCUUUUUUUUUUUUUUUUUUUUUUUUUUUAUUAACACCCAAGCAAGCUGUAUGAUUUGAAAGUUGUCCCACUUCUUUUUCACAGGAAAAAUUAAGGCUUUCAUAUGGAAUGCUUGAGAUUGGGAUGAUGGUGUCUCCUCUGUGUGCUGUGUCCAUGGCUGUCCUAACACGUGUGUGUAGUCAGCUAUACACAAGUCACGCCGGAGCGUGAUACAUAAAGUAAGAUUUUAAUGCUUUAAGCAGGCCCCACGAGUGAAACUUUUUAGAAUGGAUUCUGUCAUGGGCAACAUAGAGCUUUUACGUGUGGACUUAAUGUGACGUUGUGGCCUUGCUGCUCUCUCUGUGUAACGUUCUGCACUAUGCACUCAUCUGUGUAUGCAGCUGUGCAAGUUCUUGGUUUGACAUCUGUUUUCUAUGUCAGAGACAAACCCUUUUCGAACAAAUACGCUGUUCUAAACAAAGCUGAAAUUUUAGCUCCGUUUUAGAUCCUGGGUUAAUUGGAAGAAACAGGGUAUCAUGUGUGGAACUACGUUAUUUCAGUGUUAGAGCUAAUACUGGCCAAUAUGCUGAGGAGCCGAAGCAAUCAGUUAGCAACAUGAUUUUGUUCUGAAGCGUGGGGAAAGAUGCUUGCAGGAGGGGCAGUAUCAUUGUGUUGAAAUUUUUACGCAAAGUAUGGUGAAGGCUGAGGGGAAAUUAUCAGGAAGAUAAAGUAUUUUUUUCCACCUGGUAUUUCCGUUGCACUAUAUAGUUAAUAUAUUCCCAACUCUCUGUGAACUAAUUUAGCCAUAUUCUAGGAAGAGUUGGUGGUUUUGUUUGCUUUAAUGCUGGGUUGUGUGUUAUGAUCUUGUUGUUUUAUCCCGUAACUAGUCAACACUAGGGUAGUCUAGGCUGAUAGUGGCCAUUUUGUCCUCUGUAAUUCAUCUCUUCUGGAUUUUAAUCCAUUUUUGUGCCAGAGAAUUCAGACAUCUGCCUCAAAGGAGUCAGUUAUUGGAAAAUGACCUGUAUGCUCUUAGUGUAAGCGCAUUCUCCUGUCUCUGCUUUAAGGUGUGUCUUCAGUGUUUGAAUGCUCUUUAAGUAUUGAUUGUUGUGUUGACUAUGGCAGUGUUUGUAAUGCACCUGGAAUAUUGUUAAACUGUCAGAUUAUUUUGAAUAAAAAAAAAUCAUUUUAUCAUUUUUUUUUACCGGUAGUUAUUAUGGAUGUAUUUCUGUUAAUUUAAAGUGUAGCUUGAGAGACAACAGUAUUUUUAAUUGGAAGUUGUGUAAAUAAAGCUUGCCAUAGAGGUGUUUUGGCAUAGUACCGAAUGUGAAUUUAAGCCCACCAAGGCAUUAUGUUCACAUUGUUCUUGCACACUUUAGAUUUGGUGUUUGUAGUGUCUUGUAUCUGAUCAGAUCGGAUUGUUUUCAGUUACAGCUGGAGACGUUUCACAGAAUUAAUUAGAAAAUGUAAAGGGAGACGCUGGACACUAAAAGUAUGUAUUACCUUCGAUCUCCCUCCCUGCCAGUGAUGCCUCUUGUUCUCUGUGCAAAACGUACAGGACAGGCGACAGCUACGUGGACAUUUUCACAGAACUGGUAACGAGGCUGGUGGGUGUUUCUGCCCAAUCAAGCUGCAAGCAGGUCUCUUCCCCAGGCUGGUGUGGUAUUCGAGUGCUGUUGUCGUUGAUGAAACCUGUCUGUUUUGAUUUUAAGCAAUAAGAGUUUGAUUUAGCAGAAUCAAUUGUCAAAAGGGAAGACGCAUGGAAGCAUUGUCGUUCCUAUAUUCUCUGAGAAUAUUCUUAUUCUGAAGACUUUCUACCUAGGUGAUUGUGAGAAUUGUGUAUAGGCUUACUUAAGGAGAGUUUGAAUUGUAUACAGUUUUGUAAAAAAACAAAAAACACAAAACACAUAAGUAUUUACAUAUAUGGUAUUUUUGGAUAUGGGUGGAAUUUGUUGCAUAAAGUACAUUGGAAAAGUUAUUAUACCAGUAUGAGACAUGUAAAGUAUUUUAACCAAAUCAUUUUAUGAACUAAAACUGAGACUUAUUGUGAUUCACAUGAACCUUGUACUGUUUUCUAUUUUUCUGCUGUAGUGCAUAGCCAGACUGUUCUUUUCUGUAACUCUACAGUUUCAUGGAGAAACUUUUAAAGUCUAAGUCAGUAGAUUAAGAAACCACUAAUUCCCUUUCGUUUGAUUAACAAAGUGCACAUGGUUUUGUUUAAGUAAUUUUAGCUUACCAUACAUCUAGAGUUCCAACAGCACUCUCACCUGCUGCGAGCUCGGGCUGGUUGGAGCCUGGAUCGCGCAGUACUGAGCGUGAGCCUGGAACAGCAGCACAGGGAAGGCGUGACCUGCACUGGCAUGUCACCAGUGGUGUUCACAGCCCAAGCUUACAAACCAUUCUCAUUGUUUCUUCACUUCAUGAUGUGAACCAUUGUCAGGUGUAGGAAGACAGCAGUAGGACUGUUUGAAGUUAUUUGUUGUUCAUUAUCCUCUUUUUUUUUUUUUUUUUUCCUCCCCAAGUAAGCUUUCCUCCAGAGUGCCUUCUUCAGUCCUUGCUCUGGUACCACAGGUGACCUCCUGUAGCAUCAUUGUAGAAUAAUUUAAAAUGAAACCUUGAUUUCCUAAACAAAACAACAGCAACAAAACACUCGUGCCCCGUUAACUGCUCUUAAAGUGCAGGUAUUGAAAAAAUGCCAUCAAAAUGCCUCAAUGUGGGAAAUACAUUUCCCUUUUGCACUUUCUACCGUGAAGAAGUAGAAGUGGAAUUUUAGUACAGAACAUACUUUGGGGAUUAGAUAGGUUUUGUGACAUUCGCUUGUGUGUGCGUUCCAGAGAACAUUUUGGGGGCAAGGUGAGUGACAGCCAAACCGUGCGUGAAGUUUUCCUUUUCUUACUGCAAUUGAUGUUGAGGCUUGGGUUUAAGAAGGGUGGUGUAGUGGGAAGUGGUGAAAGUUCGUAAGAAGCACGGGACAGCUGGUCAGUUCUGCAGCGUAGAUAAUCUUCCUGAUACGAUCCAAAGGCUGUGAAGUCUUCAGGUAUCUCGCAGGUAGGCUGAUGCUGUCCACGUAUAUUCAUCAAAUGACAACAGGCUAUUGCAGGAUGCUGUUUGUAAAGUACGUUCCUCUCCAUAGUUGCAGGCCAAAUGCUGCCUUUACUGUUUUUGUGGCAAUCUGUAAGUGAAAGCUGCUGAGAAGGUCAUCAUCAAAAGGACAAAUGUGAUUAUUUUAGCAGUGUUUGAAAGGGGAGAAAAGGAAGACAGCUAAGGAUUAUACAACAGAAAACAUUACUUCCAGAAACAGCUUCUGUGGCCUUGUUUGAUGGAGAUGGGCCCCGUGUAUUUGGAGUUUAAUUUCUGUGUUACAUGACAUUCAACAGAAAAUAGUCACCAAGAACAAAGGUACUUUUAAAACACCUCCGUUUGAAUUGUGUACAUUGGUUCAAAUAGUUAUUUUAUUAGAAAAAAAGUGACCUAUGAACUAACUUCCAAAUAUGUGUAUUGCACCUGACUAUAAAUGAAACUAGAGUGCACAAAGGCACUUUAAUACUCUGGGAACUGUACUGGAAGAUAAAUGAAAGCAUGUGAAAUUGCACCUGAUGCUGUGUUGUUAAUUGUUUUUAAAAUCUAAAGUUCUACAUUUAUUAUGCUUGAGGGAUGAAUGUAUCUAGUCUGGUGUCAGUUUCUUUGAUUCAAGUGUCUAAUGCCGUCACUCGGUCUCCUCUGAUUUGUAUGUGUUUGUAAUUUCAUUUGCUAUUUUUGCCAUUAUCGGACUGCAGGGGGUAUUGUUAAUAUUACAUGUCUUUAUUUUAUAGAGCAUUGUACUAUGCUAUCUACCAACUUUUGUAAUUUAAUUAUAAUUGAUAUUUAGGGUAAUUCUAAUAGCUGUAUAUUUGGCAAAUUAUUAAAAUUUUCUGCAAGUGACUU